CAAACGGGUCCUUGAAAUUUCUCAAGUAGUAGAACAACUAGGCAUAGCUCUCUCUCUCUCUCUGAGUUCGGAGUUGCAGAGCAAUGAGUCAGGAAUCGUUUAUAUAUAGCUUCGUGGCUCGGGGGACGAUGGUGUUAGCUGAGUACACCGAGUUCACUGGGAACUUCCCUGCGAUUGCAGCUCAGUGUCUCCAGAAACUACCUUCUUCCAACAACAAGUUCACCUACAAUUGUGACCAUCACACCUUCAAUUUUCUAGUCGAAGAUGGUUACGCUUACUGUGUUGUUGCCAAGGAAUCUGUUAGCAAGCAGAUCUCUAUUGCUUUCUUAGAACGUGUUAAAGCAGACUUUAAGAAAAGAUAUGGUGGUGGAAAAGCAGAUACAGCCGUUGCUAAAAGUCUCAACAAGGAGUUCGGAUCAGUUAUGAAAGAGCACAUGAAGUAUAUCAUCGACCAUGCUGAAGAGAUUGAAAAGCUAAUAAAAGUUAAGGCUCAAGUUUCCGAAGUUAAAAGUAUCAUGUUAGAGAACAUUGACAAGGCUAUUGAUCGAGGAGAAAAUAUAACUAUUCUUGCGGAUAAGACAGAGACAUUGCACUCACAGGCUCAGGAGUUCAGAAAUAAAGGAACACAAAUUCGUCGGAAAAUGUGGUAUCAGAACAUGAAAAUUAAAUUGGUUGUUCUUGGAAUUUUGUUGUUUUUGGUCCUGGUUAUCUGGCUUUCUGUUUGCCAUGGAUUCAACUGCACGAACUAGCAACGAUUGAAAGUUUCGGAUAGGUAUUUAAAUGAUGUUUGAAGAACAUUUUAGCAAGAAUCUGCUUAGAAGGGGGAGUUUGGCAACUGAAAAAAAGUUUCCUACCUUCUUUGUUGGUUGAUAAUUAUAUACGAUAUUCAUGGAAAUUCUUCAAGAGAGAAAGGAGGGAAGGGAAGGGAGAAAAAAGAAGGGUGGGGGGGAUGUUCUGUAUCAUGUGCUGGACUGUUUGGUCUUGUCAAACAAUACAGUAGUAAUUUGCUUCUCUUUUCUUCUUUAUUUUUUAAUAUAGAAAAAUG